AUGGAUGACUUGCCGGCCAUAGAGGCUUGGAGCGGUAUCGGCACAGCACACCAUGGCGUCUCGAACAGGAUCUCAUAUCACUUUGACCUGAGAGGUCCGAGUACAGCCGUGGACGCAGCCUGUGCGAGUUCGCUCGUCGCCCUCCAUCUGGCCCGCCAGGCCAUCAUGUCAGGAGAGAGCACAGUGGCCAUCUGUGGCGGCGUGAACGUCAUCUGUGCUCCUGGCAUCACGCACAUGCUUCAGAAAGCUGGCGCACUGACGACUGAGGGGGUGUGUCGCUCGUUCGAUGCCGCUGCGAGUGGGUACGCCCGUGGCGAAGGGGGUGCUAUCAUCGUCCUCAAGCGGCUCAGUGCUGCGCAGGAGGACAACGACAAUAUCCUGGCGGUCUUGAAGAGCUCUGCUUCCGCCCAAGAUGGAAAGACAAAGGGCAUCAUGGCGCCGAACGGUGCAGCGCAGGCUGAUGUGGCGAGACAGGCCCUCCGUCGCGCUGGUGAUAUCGAUCCGCAUACUGUGAACUACGUCGAGGCCCACGCAACAUCUACGCCGCUCGGAGACCCGACAGAAAUCAAGGCCAUGGCUGAGGUGUAUGGGGCAGGGAGGUCUCGAAAGGACCCCUGCUAUCUUGGCUCUAUCAAGCCCAACGUUGGCCACCUCGAAGCAGCGGCUGGCGCCAUCAGCGUUGUCAAGACCGUGCUCAGCGUGCAAAAAGGAGUCAUUGCGCCCCAGGCGCUCUUGGAAACCCUCAACACCCACAUAGACUGGGAGUCUAGCGGUCUCGAGGUAGCACGUGAAGCGAGAGUGUGGCCUGACGAUAGCGUGCGGCGCGCAGCUGUGUGCUCGUAUGGCUACGGGGGGUCUGUCUGCCACGCCAUUAUCGAGCAGGCGCCGCCAAAGCGG